AUGGAGAAUUAUAAAAAGGAGUGGAAAAAGACGGGAUGUACUUUGAUGUCUGAUGGAUGGAGUGAUCGGAAAAAUAUAUCUGUCACUAAUUUUUUGGUUAAUAGCCCGAGUGGAACUGUUUUCCUUAAAUCUGUCGAUACCUCAGAUGUAGUAAAAGAUGCUCAGAAGUUGUUUGAGUUGCUUGAUUCAAUUGUGGAGGAAAUUGGGGAGGAAAAUGUCGUGCAUGUGGUGACCGAUAGUGCUUCUGCUUAUGUGGCUGCUGGUGAUUUAAAUUACUCCAAGAAGAAAGAAUUGAAGAGGCCGGGGGUUACAAGAUUUGCUACAUCAUUUCUCACUUUGAAAAGUAUUGAUGACUCUAAACUUGCUCUUAGGGCAAUGUUUGCAUCGGAAGAGUGGGCUAGAUGUUCUUAUUCUUCUAAGAUGGAGGCAAAGAAAGUAGAGGCAAUCUUUUUAUUAGAUGACAAGUUUUGGAAAUCUAUUAAGUAUUGUUUGAAGUGUGCAAGUCCUCUCAUUAAAGUUUUAAGACUUGUGGAUGGUGAUGCGAAACCCACAAUGGGUUACAUAUAUGAAGCCAUGGAUAGAGCAAAAGAACAAAUUGCUCAAAAUUUCAAUUGUCAAAAGGCAAGAUACGAACGCAUUUGGCAUAUUAUUGACACAAGAUGGGAUUUGCAACUCCAUAGGCCACUUCAUGUGGCGGGCUAUUUUCUCAAUCCCAAGUUCCAAUAUAGUGAUUCUUCCAAUGCGGACAUGGAAGUAAAAAUGGGAUUGUACAAGACAAUAGAGAAAAUGUAUCCCGAUCUUGCAACAAGAAUCAAAAUUGAUCAACAAUUAGAAAAGUUUAAGAAAGCGGAGGGAUUAUUUGGCAUGAGCAUGGCUAUUUUAACUAGAGAAAAGAAGCAACCUGCUUUAUGGUGGGAAAGUUAUGAGGAAGAAUGCAAAGAGCUUCAAAAUCUUGCCAUUCGGGUUCUAAGCCUUACAUGUAGCGCCACAGGAUGUGAAAGAAAUUGGAGUACAUUUGAGCAUGUGCAUUCCAAAGAGAGAAACCGUUUGGAGCAACAAAGAUUAAAUGCUCUUGUGUUUGUCAAGUACAAUAUUCAACUUGAAUUAAGACAAGAAAAAAGGGAGAAAAGAGGUGAGACAUAUGAUCCAAUUUGUUUGAGUGAUAUGGAGGGCGAUGAUGAGUGGAUCACCGAAGUAGAAGACGCUUGUUUACCCCAAGACAAUUCAUGGAUGGAUAUGAAUGAAUGUUUUGAAGAUGAUGGAGUGCUUGGAUCGAAUAACAAAAGAAAACGAGAACCAAGAAACUUAAAACUUGAUAGGAAAAGAAAAAGAAAAGCCUUUGUAGUUGAAGAGGAGGUAGAGGAGGCAGAUGAUGAUGACGAAGCUAAUACAGAGGAAGAGGAGCAAGAAGAUGUUAUGGUAGAAGAUGAGGAUGAUGGCGAUGAAGGGUUACAAAUUUGA